GCGAAAAGUCACAUUGACUUCAAAUCCCAAAUUUUCUCAAUGAAUUUUCUUCUGCAUUCCGCGAAGGUCACUGAGAAUUAUAGGGUGUCUAAGUGAAUUGAUUUAGAUUGGUUCUUUGUUGUUAAAUUAUUGAAAGUGAAUUUGUUGCUGUAGGUAUAGAGAAAAUUCAUUGUUCCCUAAAUAUAACGUCGCUGCGGGAGUGAUCUUUCUGCAAUCAUCUUGACGCUAUCGCAGAUCGUGGUGCGAAAGCAACCGAAUGCCGAUUAAUAUUGAAGUGGAAUUUACACCAACUACCCCAACCACCGUCUACUAUUCAGGUCAACUACUGGCGGGAAAUGUACGACUAACUAUGGGGCGACCCCAGCGGCUUAGGGCUAUAUGUAUCUAUGUUACGGGAAGUGGUCGUGUAAGUUGGACAUCCUACACUGCGAUAACCGAUAAAAUAGAAACUGUUGAACAUUCCGGCAAUGAGGAGUACAUAAAUUGCUGCACAUGCGCCUACAACGCAGCAAGUGGAUCAUCUUUUGAAUUACCAGCAGGUGUUAAUGUUUAUUCCUUCAAGUUCACUCUCCCAAUGUGGCUGCCAUCAUCCUUUGAGGGUACACACGGCUACAUUCGAUAUGCCGUAGAUGUUGUCCUAGAGAGGCCCUGGAAGUUCGAUAAGAUAUUCAAGAAACCCUUCCCAGUUUGUCGUACUCUCGAUCUAAACCGCGACCUCUCACUAAGUCUUCCAGCUCAAAUAGAAUAUAAAAAGCAAUUUGUCCUAUCCUAUGCAACUCGUGGAAUUUUAUCAAUUACAGUGAAUGUCCUGAAGACUGGAUAUGUAUCUGGUGGUGUCAUUCCAAUUGAGGCUGUUGUAGCCAACAACAGUUCCUAUAGCAUUAACAAGAUUGCAUUCUCCAUACGUAAGAUCAUUACAUACAAAUGUACAUAUCCAAUGAAGGCGGAAAAGGAGGAAGUUACAACGGUAAAGGAAAAGUUUGUGGAUUGUCUAAUUGAAAAUGAACAAAUUUCGUUUAUGGAACGUCUUGAGAUCCCUGAAACUACACCAACCACGCUGCAUUUUUGCAAUGUCCUCAACAUCGCCUAUGAAGCAAGGGUUGUAGCCGUUGUACCAGGACUCACAGCGAAUCCAAGUGUCGCAAUUCCCAUUAUUAUUGGAACUAUUCCAUUUGCAACCGAUGUCUCCCCAUCUAGUCAAUCUCAACCUCUUCUUCUCCACGAAGAGCAAGCUUCAUCGGAUAUUGAUGAUGCUCCGCCGCCAUCUUACGAAUCGGUUUAUGGAAGUGUUUCAACUUACAAUAAUAACUGAAUUUUAUGAACUUUCUAUGCUCUGUACGCAAUUGUUUUGCUGAGAUAUCACCUCUUAUCAUUGAAAAAAAAAUGUAAAAAUAAUCACCUUUAUGAAAUACUAAUUUCUAUUUUUUAUGGUACCUUUACCUUUUAUUUGCUGAUUUAUUGCAUUGAGAAAUUUUUAUCUAAUCUAAUCAAAAGUGACGCUUUUGCAAUACACACCUGCGUCACAAAUUGAUGGAAUUUUGCCAUUUUUGUGGCACUCGCACAAC